GUCCGCAUUUAUCUUUUCCAUUAACAAACCUAAUAAUACAUAAAAAAAGUGAACAAUCAUUUCUGAUUCAGCACUGCAGUAAGCAUCGUAGAUAAAAAGGUCAAUUAGAUAUCAACCAAAACUAGUAGCUGAAUGCAGCAACUCUUCCAAAUAUUUAUCAGUUUGCUGUUUAGAUGCGUAUUACAUUUUAAUUUAACAUAAAUGUAUCAUUUAAACAAAUGCCUGUUACCGAUAUUUUUGAUUAUUUUGUCUGCAAUUUUAACAAGAUGCCACAAAACGUUUAACAAUUUCCAAACGAGAAUCCUACGGAACACAGAAUCAGGAUGUUCCCUACCAGAGCAUCCUCCAUUCGGGAAAUGGUUCGUUAUCGGUUCUUCGGAAGAAUGGGUACCUCAUCAGUUUUUACCCUCAGGCAGUUUUCUAAUAGUAUCUUGCGAUGACGGUUACGUAAUAGAAGGUUCCACUUUUGUGAAUUGCAUGAACAACAAUAAAUGGAGUAACGACUUUGGUAGAUGUUUAAAAAAAUGUCCCCCACUUCAAAGUACGCCUCACCUUAAUGUUAGAUGUUACGACAAAACAGAAAGAAGCAUAAACUGUUCUCAAGCAACCGAUGGUUCAAGUGCAGAGAUUCAGUGCGAUCGCUUUUACGAAGUUUCAAGUAUUGAAACAGAUACGACUAUCGUAUGUUAUGGAGGUACUUGGAACAGUAAAAUUCCAGAGUGUGUUUUAGCUUGUGGUAAAAAUAAAUAUUUGGACAAUUCGAUGAUAAUAGGGGGACGCGUUGCAAAAAAGGGGGCGUAUCCUUGGCAUGCAGCUAUAUUCAAUAUCAAAACGAGUUUACUCAUUUGCGGUGGAACACUAGUACAUCUGAGAGUUGUUCUAACAGCUGCCCAUUGCAUAACAAAGGAUGGUAGUUAUUCCAAGAAUGACUUUCUAAUUGCUGUUGAAAAGUACCACCGGCAGUUGAAUCACCCUGAAGACAUUGACGCUCAGUUUUCUCCUGUACAAGAAAUUUUUCUUCCUGAGCGAUACCAUGGUGUGGAUCAAAUGUAUAAAAACGAUCUUGCAAUUGUCGUUACGAAAAUAUCGUUCGCAUUAACAGAAGCAGUUCGACCUAUAUGUAUUGACUGGAAUUCAAAAUAUACGAGCAAAUCUCUACGACUUUCCAGAGACGGUUAUGUUACUGGUUGGGGGUAUACAGAAGAAGACGGAAAACCUUCUGGGGUACUCAAUGAAUUAAGAGUGUCAUUAAUUGAUCACUCAUUAUGUUUAGAACACUUCUCAGAUAGAUUUUCAAAGUUCACUUUGGAAGAUAAGAUGUGCGCUGGACAUUUAAACAAAAAUAUGUCCGUUUGUAAAGGUGACAGCGGUGGCGGUUUAAUUUUUAAAUUUAACGAAAGGUUUCACAUUAGUGGGGUCGUUAGUUUAGGACCAACGUCAUCCAGAUCCAUCACAACUUAUAGUUGCGAUAGCCAACAAUAUGGUCUCUACACUAAUAUAUCUCAUCACAAAAGAUUUCUUAGAGAAAAACUAGCACUGGCAGAUACAUUAAGCACUGACGACGGAAAGAGGGCGCCAAUUUCAGUUUUAACCUGUUUCUUACCUGGACAUCCACAGUAUGGCCAAUGGUCAGUUGACGAUAAUUAUAAUAAUCGCGAGUUUUUACCCGGUCAGAUGGUAAAAUCUGGGACUCGCCUGACAAUAAAAUGCAAAGACCGUUACUUCCUCAACAGCACAACCUUUAUCGAAUGUGAAAAUGGAUCGUGGAGUUCCACUAUUGGAAAUUGUUUAAAAACUUGUCCUUCUCUAUUUAAUACGACAACGGUAAAUGUACGUUGUACGCCGAAAAAUAAACCGACCUCAAUACUUUCUUCCGAACCCUGCGUCAAUGUAACAGAUGGUACUCUAGCACUAUUUGAGUGUGCUCCCUUUUAUGAAGACUUUUCCUUGAAUAGAAAUCCUCUUCAGAUUUGUGUGGAUGGUAAAUGGGACAAAGCGUCUCCAGUAUGUUCUCCGGUUUGUGGAAAACCAGACGAGGAUACUAACGGGCAAAUCUUUUUUCCAUGGCACGUGGGAAUCUACAGUAGUACAAGCAAAAACCCAGUCUGCAGUGGGUCUCUAAUUAACGAACGAGUUAUUGUAACAGCCGGUCAUUGCGUGAAAGAUGCCUCAUUCAAUUUAAAGUCUAGAGACGCUUUUCUGGUUAGCGUUGGUGGCCGCUAUCGCACUUUGAAUGAUCCGCGUGAUAUUGAACACAUUCAGACCUCUGAACUCGACAGUAUAUGGGUACCAGAAUCAAAUUACAAAUACAACGUCGAAGGAAUGUACUAUCAAGAUAUUGCCAUCUUAGUUACAAAGAGAACUUUCAAGCUGAAUUCACGAGUUUCACCAGUUUGUUUAAACAAGCAGACAUUGACAAAUACAAUGUCAAAGACACAAAGCUUACACGUAUAUAAGACAAGUGGAUGGGGAUAUGGUAUCGAGGAAAACCACAAUCCCGGGUUACUGAAAACAUUUAACCUUUCUAAUUCUGUAUCAUUCUGCUUCACGCACGAAGAGUUUCGAAAUUUUAACAGAUCCUUGAUUUCCGACAAAAUGUGUAACAGUCAAGGCGACAAAGGUUCGAUGGUUUGCUAUGGUGACACUGGUGCAGGUUUUGUUGUCCAAUUUAGCGAUGGACAGUACUAUCUAAGUGGAGUUUUAUCUUUAUUUCCAAAUUCUUCACAUACUGAAGGUGCUUGUGAUAGACAAAAAUUUAGCGUCUAUACAAUCACUUACAACUAUCUGUUCGAUUUUAUUUUAAAGAAGGAAGCAGAAUAUAGGCCACAAUAGAAAAUAACUCCUUACUUUAAUCUUUACUCAAAUCAGCAGUAGUUAAGGAGAGCAAACAUUUUUACAGAAUGGCUCCAUGUAGUGUAAAUAAAUAUGUGUGCACACA